CUCCUAGCGGGUUGGUCACGUCCGACGAGCGUCCGAAACUCACGCGCGUCCUUCCCAGGCCGUCGCUCGACGGGACUCACUACGAAUUUCGUGUCUCUACUUGUCUGUCCCUCCUUCUGCUUCAGAUGUUCUUGUCGCGAAGAAUGACACCGUGAUCACAGAUUCGCGGGCGCUCCAUGCCGUCCAAGCUGAUCGCCAGCUAACUUCGUGCGACAACCGAACUGUCGAGUGCCUUUCGGAAGAAGUGCGCGAAGUGACAGUACCGUUAUAGUCGGGAAUUCGAACCGUGUUUGGAGACUGAGAGCCUGAGAUCAUGAGAGCGCUCGUUUACGUCGCGCUCAUCGCGACGACUGUCGUCGCGGAGCCGAACGAUCCGGUGAACAAGUCGCUGACGAUAAUGAAGUGUUGCCGAAACAACGAGGGCUUUCGAUUCUCUGACGAUCCGAACGAGUUGCCACGCUGCCAGCCGUCGUCGGUCCCAUGGAAGCCAGUGAUUUACUCGCCAACACGGCAAAAAUUCGUCGACAUACCAUCCGAAUGGAACGUCGUUGACGGCAUGAGACCGAAUUGUGAUGACAGUAGGAAACUGACCCACGUGCCCUUCAGGACAGGAAACCCAUUUUUUUUGCUCGACAACGGCAACGUGAUACUUGAGAUCAGCAGUCACGAGGUCUUCUCUCCAAGCCAAUACUGCUCUGACAGUAGCGACUUGCUCAUUUGCGUGCAGAAAAAAUCAGGCAGUCACGCCGCCGCGACGAUGAGGCCGCGUGUACGACGAUGCUGCGGUGAGAACGCCACUUACCACGAGCACGGGAAUACGUGCGUGCACUUGAAAGAGACAGCGGACGCACCUCCCUUGCUGCCAAAUACUAAUUCUGCCAUUGAAAUUAUCGCGGGAUUCCCAACCUGUCCCAAAUCCGACAACUUCACGAUCCUGGGAGACGCAAAGGAUGCCGUGUUAAAACCCGACGGCGGCCUUGAGAUAAAAGGAGUCUCCCUACCAAGCGGUCAGUUUUGCGUCGAGAGAAUAAAGGAACUCAACCAAGUGGCCAAAGUGUUUGCCUGCCCCGAGCACGCACCACAGAGGCCGGUGAUGCAAGCGCCGGACAUCAGGUUCACCUUGUAUCCCGUGGGCUUCAUCAUUAGCGCCGUCUUCCUGGCAGCUACCCUCGCAGCCGGUUGGCUGCUACCAACCUCUCAUCACGUUCUGCACUGGCGCUGCCAGACUCAUCAUGUCGCCUGUCUGAUGCUGGGGGAUAUUCUCAUGGCCAUCAUUCAGCUUGCUGGGGAUUCCCUUCAUGACGGAAGCUGCAAGGCGCUCGCGAUCAUGGCGCAUUUCUUCUUCUUGGCUGCCUUCUUCUGGCUGAAUACGAUGUGCUUCAACAUCUGGUGGACAUUCAGGGAUCUGAGACCAGUGAGCCUGGAGAAAGGCCAGGAGACUCUUAGACUACGAGUGUACGGCUGUUACGCCUGGGGUGGGCCUUUCUUAGUCGCCGGGCUGGCGGCCCUUCUCGACCAUCUACCGCCUCAGCCUCAAUACACAUACCUCAGGCCCCGCUUUGGCGAGAAACAGUGCUGGUUCUACGGUGAUAUGGAAAUUUUGGCGUACUUCUUCGGACCGGUCGGAGUACUUCUGGCCAUAAAUCUUCUCUUUUUCGCCGUGACUGCCCGCGAAUUAACAUGCGGUCUCUGGAAGGGCGAAUUUGUGAAGAGCACUACCGAGAGGGCAACGCUGGGUCGCAUAUGCAUGAAACUCGUGAUCGUGAUGGGCAUCACCUGGGUGGCGGACGUAGUCUCAUGGGCGGUCGGCGGGCCCCAGUACAUCUGGUACUUCACCGACUUGAUAAACGCUUGCCAGGGAGUACUGAUUUUUGCAGCGGUCGGCUGCCAGCCGCAGGUCAGAGCAGCGCUUAAGAGGCUCUGCAACAGGAACCCGCAGACCAACGCCGGAAGGCAGGGUAACGGCCACAGCACGACCAGCCACGGAAUGCCCAGCAUGGGCGAUAGCGUGACGCAGAAUCCGAGCACCAAGACCGCACCGUUGGAGACCAUCUGCUAGGGUGGUGUGCCCUUUUCUCUCCCUCUCUCUCGGCGUGCGUGGCUUCCGAAGAAGUUCACCGAUGAUUUGGACGCGCUCUUUUGGGACAUUUCCGUUCAGAAGGAUUGUCAAAUACGAUCCAUCGUUGCGAUCGAGGAUGGAUGCAAGCGCGGUAGUUAAGUAAUUCGAGCGAUUCACCGUGAACUCUUCGCGCGCGGCGGUCCUUCGUCGAAGAUCAUCGGAACUAUCGCGAGAGGAACUGUCGUCUCACGUUGCUGCAAUUCUCGACGCUUUCUCGACAAGAACGUUUCCGUCGAGAUUGCGCGGCGACGGGGGCGAUCGAAGAGGGCCACCCGUAACAAGCACCCAACGACGGCUUUCGUUCACCGGCAAAUGUGAGAAUUCCCCGCGAGAGCAUCGCGAGAUUGCACUUGGCGACUUUUCCGCGACUGUUCUCCGUCGCGCGACGCUUUACGUAACGCGGAACCUUGUUCCCGAGCGAGAUCCUGCUGACCCGGCGGGUCGCACUUCGUGGACAGUGUGACACCGUGACGUCGCGAAUGUGGACUCGUCGAGCGACGGGCUGUGCGUCGGGAAACUGCUGGAGAGGAAACGCGCGGCGCUUUUUAACGCAUCGCGAAUCCAAUCGAUACGGAUCGCUCACUCAUAUAUCAGAGUUUACUGGCGAUACGUGCACGCGAGCACGCGACUAAAUAGACAAUGACGCGCGUUACUCUUCACUCGUUAACGGGCCUCGUUAACGGGCAGCAACGAGCGUGAUUUAUGAUCGAGGCGCGCGAGAGAGUUGAUACUUCUUCUUUUUAUUUCUUUUUUCCGCACGGCGGCAACAUUCAUUGAUAUUAAUAAUAUCGGCUGAACGCACGAUUACAUCUCUCCGUAAGAUUAAUCACUUUUAACGAUAGACGUAAACAGAGUAUCGUUGCUGUGCUCAAUCACUUGGACACGAAGAUUAUCUACGAACGCGUCACGAUCAUGAUCACGGCCGGUUUGCGAAAUCCUCACACGAGUCGGCUUUUUCUUUUAAAUCUGUUGUAUCAGUCGCUCUUUUCUUUAUAGCUGUCACUAACUGUUAUACGCAAUUCGCUAUACUGUUCGUCAGAAAUUUGGGGAAGUGCGCCUUGCCACGCGCGGCGAUUUGUACAAAAUUUUUGAAAAAGUUUAUGGAACAUCUAAAAUCUAUCUGAAAGAUAGAUAGAUAGAUUCUCGGUAGAUAGAUAGAUAGAUUACGUUAUAAUCCGUCGAGACUGCAGCAACGCCCGAAGGAUCAACGUUCGACGAAGUCCCGGUGCGCGACUCCUUUAAGAAUCUAAUGGCGAUUCUUCUUCAUACUCUUUUUCUUUUCCAUUCGAGGUCCUGAAAACGAAAAAGGUUUAAACGGCGAACGACCUCGCCGCGCGUUCAUUGCCUCGUAUUACCAAAGGACGAUCGGUUCAUCGUGAGUUUCCUCCGCGGGUCCUCCGCCUUCCUUCAUUAUUCAUCGGGUGUUAUCGAAUCUAGGAGCAAUCGUUUUUCCCUUUCCCUUAGCAUAAAUUUGCAUCGGCGUCGUUACUCCGGGCGGGACCACGCACCCUCCCCCUCCUCUCACUCCGUGGCAUUAACAUGUAACGUUGCAGCUUUCCAGCGCAAUCUAUCGCUGAUCAGUCCGGACGGGGGUCCUGUUCGGUAGCGGGCGAGCGUGUAAAACAAAAAAAAAAUACAUAAAAAAGGCUCCAUCGCGCGCGUUGCAUACCGCCUGCGAUACAGCGUGCAAAAACGUUCCGCACGUUCGCGUACACACAAUUUACUGACGUGCGCGUCGCUCUGCACGAAUAAUCCGUCUGCGCGAUCGCUCGAAGGCAGAUCGUCCUUUUUACACCGCGAUGCCUCUUUCGCCACCGAGUGGCGAUUUUUUACGCGGAAGAAAUCGAGCGCUCUGCGACUUUAUCUCGGAUCGAGUUAAACACACCGGAAACGUAUGUGUGUGUGUUGAUGUCCGAGGGAGGACUCGCCGGGGGAGGGAAGGAGAGGAUCACCGCGGAGGCACUCCUCCCUCGCGCGCGACAUGAAUGCGGAAUGUACUACAGGGAUGAAAGGAGUUACGAAAUAUAUCGAACACACGAGACUCAAUCGGGACAUGCUAACCGCGACUGCCCUGACUUUUCGAAAGAACCUUUUUCUCUCGAUAUAUCGCUGAAAGUAUCCGCAGGAAAUAAAGUAGCUCUCGAUAGUACAACGAAAUCACCGGUCAUCGAGUUCACCGAUGACGCACUUUUUUAAACGACUUUGACACGCGACGAGCCGUGUUCUACCCGCGGGAGAGCAAUAACAAAUACACGCACAGACAGUCAAGCACACAGACACGAAUACACGUACACAUGCAAUACAUUCGUAAACUAAUGAGCACGUUUCGAGAAAUUCGAAAUAUGUCGAAACGCGCGCCUCGUUCGGCUCAGAGGUCGAAGCGAGAGCUCGAUGGUGAAUCUUUCCCUCGAGCGUGAACUCGCGAAACGUGAAGAGCAUUUGCAGAUGCUUUCGAGUGACAAAACUUCCACUUUGCACGCUAAAAGAGAAGACUCACGAUCGAGCCCGAGAUGUCGAUUCCGCUCGCCGCGGUUUUUCUUAAUCGUACAAACGCAGCAGAGAAUCUCGCGUGCUCGUAGGUAGGUCAAGGCAUAAUAAUUGAUGUCAACUCGCGACAAUACACACUAGGAAUUCAAUGCCUUUUGAAAUGCCUUCCAAAUGCGGCGUUCGACGCGCCGAAUUGUAUACAAAGAGAGAGAGAGAAGAUCGGUGGUGCCAGGCGCCGCAGUCGGUGAUCUCGUCUGGCACCCUUCGUCGCCCUUCGCCACGGCGUGCGACACACGUCGCUCUUUCCUUACCGCGCGAAUUUCGCCGCGAGAUCAUCACUCCCGACGGCGAUCCCGUCGUCGAACGAUCGGCGGCGGCGCACUUUUUCGAGCAGCGGUAACGAGCCGCGGCGGACGUUGUUUCGUCCCUUUCCCUCGCGAUCGAGGAAGAGACGAUAAGAGACGAUAUAAUCGCUUUUUAACGAUACGCCAAUCAGUUGGGACACACUUUUCGACGAUGCUUCGUGUUUUUUGUGCGCGAGGGUACAGGGAGAGAUUUUUACCCGUCACAACGCGACAAAAUACGCCCGGACACAUGUUUUACUUCGAGACGAACGUUUCGCAUUUUUUUCUUUCUUUUUCAUUUCUUUUACGUGCAUGCGCAACGCAUCACGAAGAACAACGACGCUUUCCGCGAUGCGUCUGCGUGGGAUUAUAUAAUCGUGGAACCUCGGCCGUGUUCACGAGUCUUCGUACAAGAUCGGCGCUUUGUUGUUUCUUUCCUUUUUUUACGUUUUUCUUCCGUUCCUCCUCCCUUUUCCUUUCGUCAGACGCAUACGAGAAGAGACUGAUACGCGCACUCAUACGCACGACGGCCGGUUUCGAUCUGAUCUCUGAUCCGAGAAUAUCUCGUCUCACAUUCCCGCAAUCAGCGCUCGUUGCGGGAAAGCCACAGGAUUGUUGAAUCGAAUCGCGCGCUCUGAAAUUCAAAUUGAAGUUUAUCCGAGAUAAAAAACGAAUGUUCCUGCUUUUGUCGCGCUUCGUUGGAAUAAGUCCGCGGAGACGAUCAACGAGUUGCUCGACGAUCAGUAGGUCAGGUCACUCCGGAGAAACCUCGUUAGUUCCUUUUUUUUUCUCUAAUACGUACAACUGUGCAAAGUGACGUCGUCGCCGUCGGCUACUCUGUUUUCCUCUCACGCCCUUCGUCGAGAGGCACUCGUGCAAUUGAUUAAUCGUUCUCCACGAUAGCGCGCCAUACAACCACGAAUCGGCAACACAGACUUCUAUAUACUACUAGACUGCUCCUCUAACUUCGACUCAGUACAUAACUCCGAAAAAUAUGUACAGAAAUCUCGCACAUGCGCCUAUCUGGUGGUUCAAUAUUCACAAUAUAGCAUCUCGUUUUAGGCAUUAUUGCAUUCUGAUGUAUCUUAUCAUAUACUGUAAGAUCAGCCAAUGCGUCUAAAACUCCAUCGGAGUCUUUUUCAACAAACGCGCUAGUAUGUGCCGAGCUUGAAAUGAAGGCACUUGUUUCACUAAAAAAAAUCUAAUCUAUGAAUAUUCUGAUGUAGGUAUACAAUUGAUCAAUCACUUAUUUUUAAAAAUUUUUUACUGUAACGUAUUUUACUCUGACGUUUUUCACUCUAUACGUACAAUAUUUAAGCAGAUUACGGCAUCGGCCAUAUUACAUUUAUAUCCUCUCUUCUUCUGGAACACCAGUUUCAGGCAUGCGCAGAUACUUUUUUCCGGUGCGUGAUACAUACUUUUCGGGGUCAAUUUUACAUAGCAAUAUAUAAGGGAGUUAGCAGUCUAGUAGUUAUACAGAAGUCUGUGAUCGACAAUCGGUUUUUCUGGCGUAUUUUCCUAGCAAGAAAAUCGGCUCGUGGGGAAAUCAAGCGACAUUCGGCCGGCGGCGUUAUUGGUUGAAUGUACGAGCGCGCGCACGCAUAUGUGUGUAUGUAUGUGUAUGUAUGCAUGUAUGUAUUGAUAUGUAUACGAACCCACGCGUGUGUGUGUCCAUCGCGAGUCGCGAUUAAUUAAUUGCGUGACAGUACGUGCGCGCGUGCAUGAGUGAGUGCGUGGAUGCGUGUAAUUAGCGUAUUAACGAACAGUAAUAUUGUUAGAAAUUAUGUAACUGCACCGAAUAAUCCGUGACGAAAGAAUUGACGGUCCUGUAGUCGAUUCUGUAACUUUUAACAACAAUGUCGUUAUCGUUGUAUUGUCGUUGAGCAAAUAUAAUACGCGGUAGAAAAGCUGUUGCGCAACAACACAUCAUGCUAGCGACAUCGUCGUUAUAAAAUUAGAGAUUCGGCCUACUGGCGCACAUUCGCCCCCUUUCUCCCUCCUUCUCUCCUUUCCUAUGUGUCCCUUCCUCUUUCCCUCCCCCACAUAAAACGAUCCGUCAGUUAAAGUGUUAAUUGAUGUAGUCUUUAUUUUUUUUCUUUGUUACACUGUGCUUUCGACGCAAACACGUCAAUAUUGUUUUAAGUUAGUGAAGGACUCCGUUAUUUAUCAGCGUAGAAAUAGAGGUAUGUGUAAUUACGGUAAGAAGACUGUCGUCGUACGUACGUAAUGGCAUUCACGAUUCAUCAUCCGCGAUCACACUCCCUUGUAGAUAACCCAUCUUAUUACUUGGCGCUAUUAUUUCUCAUGAUUACGGAUUGUUACGAUUAAUAAAAAUUAUCGUUAUUCUUGUAUAAUUAUUACCGUAAUUAACAUAUUAUUAUCGUCAUAAAUUAUUGCAAUUAAUGUUAUUACCGUCGAGAUUAAAUUCUUAUAAUUAUCGUAAUUUUAGUAUUAUAUUGUCGUCACAUAUACGCGAAUCUAAUUAGCAUUGACGUCCGUUUUAGACCAAAAUAAGCACCGUAACAGGUCUAAUAAUAAGAGAAAAAUUAGUAUAGCGUAAGUUAUUAUUAUAUUACAUACGAUACUCUGUACAUUCGUCGUGCGAGAAGGAUUGUCCGAUACGAGAAUUCACGCAGUUGUGUGAAACUUGGCCAGUUGUCAUUCUCUGUCAAAAUUCUUAGAGAGAAAAAAACAACUGCUUUGACAAAAGUAACUCGUGUAUUCUGUCACGGAUGCAUGUGCAAGAUCAUGGAAUCCCUCUCUUUUUCAGAUUUCUUUACUCUGAUGAGAGAUUAUUUAGCUUUCCAGCAUAAUUUGAAAAGUAAGCAUUUUCCCUCUCGAGCAUGAAACAAACCAACUAAUCGAAUUUAUAGAUCGAUAUUAUUUAGAUAACUAUUUGUAAUCUAAAUAAUACGCAACUGGUAAUUGAUAAUAAUAAUUCUCAUCAUAGUAAUCAUAAUAAAUUCACUUGCUACAGUCUUAUUUAAUGGUCCUUUUGAGUAUCGGAUCGAUUUAUCGCGUGACGAUUGUGAUAUAUUAACCGUUCAGGUGAUUCGACGAUAGUUUCUCAAGUACUAAAUAUGAUAAAUGACGAGCUGAGAGAAAAAGUAGCCUUAAACUAAUUUAUUCAGAGUAGAUCGUUGACGUAAAGGUGUAACGAUACCUUAGAUGUAACGUACGCAACAAUAGCUUGCCAGUAUAAAUAGUAUUAAGCAGUAAUGAUAAGUGGUAUACAAACAAACACACCCAUACAAAAAUUUUAAGCUCUCUCACGAUAUUGUUAUUCGCAGACUUGGGAGAAAUGGAGAAUGUUUUGCUUCUUGAUCCGAUAUAAAGAGUACACAAAACCAUUCGGAAAAAUUAUUUGAAAAUACUGAUAAAUACUGAUAUAUACACGAAGAGAGAUAAAGCAUCAAAUUCGAUAUAUAAAAAUAAAAUUAGUAUUCACGCGUUAUAGUCGUAAUAAUGGAGCAAGAUUUCGUUGUUAUUUAUAGCAACGCAAUAGUUAACGCUUUAUCAGCCGCUCUCGAGUUCUGUUCGUAAAACGCUAUACAAUUUUAAGAUUUAAAUUUGAAAUAGUACUCACAUUAUUUUGUUUUAUUUUAUAGGCGAUGACAACAAAAAGGAAACUGAUUAAAAUAGACUUCCAAGUGGUAAAGUGUUAACAAUUGCAGGAUAAAAUACUCGUCAUAUACAUUCAGUAUAUUGAACUUGCUAAAUUUAUAAAUUAAAUGUCAAAUAAAAAUGACAAUUUAAAUGUAGCCAUUUGCAAAUGCGUUUACAACGUAUUGCUGUUUUUAUAGAAAUCGAGUAAAAACAAAUUUCUCAUCUCGUUUUUUUUUACAUUUCGUCGCAGAAGUCGACAAUUUCACUGCCAGGAAAAAGAAUAUCGGAUCGAGCGUAGCAAGCGUCACAUUCGUGCGAGAGCUUCGUUGUCACGAAAUAAGAAUUGCACAUAAAAGCAACUUCUUGAGAGAAAACGGAGGCUAUAUACGUAGACAAUAGUAUUAACUUAUAGUAGAUAUUAGCGUUGACUUUAUUAACCGUAUAGGGAGAGUAAAUAAUUAUUAAUAGCGAAGAAACACAUUUACAACGACCGUGCUUCACUGCCGAUCGUACACCAUUCCUAUACGAUGUAUUGUAACAGUAUUUGCUAUCGCACUAAUGGUAAUAAAGAAAAACUGUUGGUACACGA